GCAGCCAAUUCAUCCAAUGGACCUGCCUACAGCAGCGUAGGCCUCGCCCCAACUGCAGGGAAGGAGGCGGUGGGGUUUGCUGCAGCGCUCACUCUCCACCCGGACUCCGCCAUGUUGGGUUUUGUGGGUCGUGUGGCCGCUACCUCGGCCUCCGGGGCCUUGCGGGGACUCAGCCCUUCAGCGUCGCUACCCCCAGCGCAGCUCUUACUGCGGGCCACUCCAACGGCGGUCUAUUCUGUCAGAGACUAUGCGGCGCAAACAUCUCCUUCACCUAAGGCAGGCGCCGCCACCGGGCGCAUCGUGGCGGUCAUUGGCGCAGUGGUGGACGUCCAGUUUGAUGAGGGACUACCACCGAUCCUAAAUGCCCUGGAAGUGCAAGGCAGGGAGACCAGACUGGUUUUGGAGGUGGCCCAGCAUUUGGGUGAGAGCACAGUAAGGACCAUUGCUAUGGAUGGUACAGAAGGCUUGGUUAGAGGCCAGAAAGUACUGGAUUCUGGUGCACCAAUCAAAAUUCCUGUUGGUCCUGAGACUUUGGGCAGAAUCAUGAAUGUCAUUGGAGAACCUAUUGAUGAAAGAGGUCCCAUCAAAACCAAACAAUUUGCUCCCAUUCAUGCUGAGGCUCCGGAAUUCAUGGAAAUGAGUGUUGAGCAGGAAAUUCUGGUGACUGGUAUCAAGGUUGUGGAUCUGCUAGCUCCCUAUGCCAAGGGUGGCAAAAUUGGGCUUUUUGGUGGUGCUGGAGUUGGCAAGACUGUACUGAUCAUGGAGUUAAUCAACAAUGUUGCCAAAGCCCAUGGUGGUUACUCUGUGUUUGCUGGUGUUGGUGAGAGGACCCGUGAAGGCAAUGAUUUGUACCAUGAAAUGAUUGAGUCUGGUGUUAUCAACUUAAAAGAUGCCACCUCUAAGGUAAGCACUGGGCUGAUUGAUGUCCACAUGGUAGUUACGCCGGGAAACUAUUGCCAGUUGAAGCCAUGUUCUAUAUUUUCUAUUUAUUUUUUAAAUUUUAAUAUUUUCAUUUUCAUGUCCUAGGACCUACAAAGGAAAUUCCUGUUAGUGUUUUCCCCCCAACUUUCAAUACACUACUAAUGGACAUUUUCUUUCCUCUUUGAUAUUGACAUUAAAUAAUAUUUCCAGGUUU